AAAUUUUCAAUCGUUGUUCGUGUCGUUCGUUGACAGCAGGAGAAAAACUUUUUUCGCCUUCGUGUUCGUUGUGUUUCGUCGUUUGCAAAAGAAGAAAACUACAAAAAAAAAGAACUCGGAAAAUUUAAAAUUAAUUUAUAUUUAAUUCAUUUAACUCUUCAUCAAAAAAACCACCAGAAUAAUGUCUUUCGCUGAAAAAAUGGCUACUCUAUUGGCCCGACCAGGUCAAACAGAACAGCAGCAAAGUCAAAAUGCUGAUGUUCCUUGGUUUAUGCGAUAUGGAGCACCAAUUCUAGGAACAAUUGGAGCAUUCUUUUCCAUAUUGUUCGGUUUCUACGACACCCUUGGAAUUUUGACAUUAAACAUUAGCUGCUUGAUCGCUGGAAUUGUACAGAUACUUAUAGGUUUCUUUAUAUUAGCCGUGGAAGCGCCGUGUUGUUGUUUCUUUAUAGAACAUGCUAAAAUAUUCGCUACAACAGCAGAUAAUCGACCUUUAUGGAAUCGAGCGGCAUGUUAUUGCGCACUUGCCGUUAUUCCAUUAGUCUUCUGCUUCGGUUUGGGAAGUUUAUUCCCAGGAUUAUUGAUUUUCGGUACCGGAACAAUUUACGGAAUGAUGUCGCUUGGUAAAAAAGCAUCAGCAGAAGAAAUGCGUAAUGCAGCAAUGAAUUCAGGCUUUAGCGGUGUAACAACAACAACACCAACAUCAAAUGAUCGUGCCAGCAUUGUAAAUAAUGCACAACCAUUCUCAUUUACCGGUGCCGUAGGUACGGAUAGCAAUGUGUGAUAACAAAAAUUAAUAAAAAAAAAAAACAUCAACAAUAACUAACAGAUAAAUAAUAACAAUGAGAGAAAGACAUUACAACUUCCUUUAUGUUUUUUUUUAUAACGAAAGAAAAAAAAAACUUCUUCCUUUUUUUUUUAAUUUAAAAAAAUUAUGUAAUAAUGUUUUCUUUUUUUAGUAUAAAUGUUAAACUUUAAGAAUUUCUAGUUAAAACAAAAAAAAUUAAUCAUAACACCCCAGGUUUGUGCGCGUUGAUAUAUUAUUAUAUUAUACAUUAAAUGUAAAUGUUAAGGUUUUUUUUAUUUAUUGUUUUUUUUUUAAUCAAUUCCAUUUAUUUUUUUGUAUUCCUUGUAAUUUUUAAUUUUAUUUUUCCGGGUAAAUGUUUUGAAAACAAAAUUUAAAAAAAUCAUCUUUAAACAUAAAAAGUGCCACUUAAAAAAGAGGAAAAUUAAAAUAUUGUUUAUUUCUUUUAAAAAUAUUCAUACUUCAUGUCUAUUUUUUGUUUGUUUUCCACCAAAAACACCACUGAUUGAAAAGCCAAAUAUUACCAAGAAACAAUGGCAAAACGCUCAAAAAUUGAGGACUUCCAUUAACAAAAAAAUAUAAACACAAAAAAACACAAAACAUUAAAAAGUUUGUAUUAAAAAAAAAAAAAAACAUUUUGCAAAGUGACCCUUAUGGCAUAAACAUAAAAAACAAAUACACCAAACCUGACACAAAAGCAAUAGAUAAUAAUUGAAAAA